UGUCCGCACAGGAAGGGUGACUGGAAUCAAGAUGGACAAAGGCUGGUGUUACGUUUCCUUCUCCAGGUGCGCAAGAAGCUCCAAAGAACUGACUCAUCUUUUACUUGCGUGUCCUGCAACAACACAAGCGUUGUUGGAGUGCUCUGGUACCGGAUGGAGAUGAGCAUUGCUGACGACACGGAUGAGGGUCUAUUUGUGGCUUUCGAUGGAGAGAUGAAGAAACUACAUAACAUGCACACCUAUGAAGCUGGUCAUUUAAUGGCUGGAGAGGGAGUUAACGUAGAGGAGACUCAGCCACCUCCUUUUAUUGCAGAUAUAGUUGGUAAGACAUACAGAUUUCAGGUCAGGGUAGACAUGAACAACUUCACUGCCAACCAUCAGACCUUCACUAUCUCUCGCAUGAACAAGCGUGAUGGUGACGAUGAUGACGGAGAAGACUUGCCUGGGAACACCUCAUCCCUUCCUAAUGUUGGCAUCGAAGGUAACGAACGUGUGGAAACCUCAUAUGGAGGAACAUCCUCCAGUGGUCCUGCCACCAAGAAGCCUCUCCUUUCAACAAGUGGUCAAGAAGGCACGAAAAGCUUAAGUGAACAUGAUGGAGUUUCUAGAGUCAGUUUUCCUCUUUCAAUAAUGCUUAGGCAUCAAUGUUGGUUUUUUAAAAUUUGAAUUCUCGAGUCAGAUUUCCUCUUUGAAUAAUGCUUAGGCAUCAAUGUUUUUUUUUUUUUUUAAUUUUCUCCUCAUCUGGAGUUUGCUACGCUUUUUCUUAGCUAUCGUGAAAAUGGUUUUGAGUUGAAAGCAUAACUCUGAGUUUAAAACCGAAGAAUACAAAUAUAUAAAACUCUGCGUUUGGUUGUA